UAUAUGUUUAUAUUAUUAUUGCAUGGAUAAUAGAUUAUUAUAUUUACGUAAAGAACGUUUUGUCGUUUUAUAAUUUAUGUAUUGUUUAUAAUAUGUGCCAUUGGCCACAACCACAACCAUCUAAAAUUAACCACGAUAGAAAAAAAAAAUUGUCAACAAAACACUACAAAAACAGUUCUUGCAGUCUAGCGGUAUAUAUAUUAUGUAUAAUCGGUGAAAAACAACCACGUCGUCACUCGUCGCCCCGUCGGUAGUUGGUAUUUACAUAGCUACUAUUAAAAACUGGAACUGAAAAGUUUUAAAAAAUAUGAAGUAACGGAAGAAAUUACCGAAGAACGAGUCGACGAAGACAUUAAGUGGAUGUUGUUACCAAACGGACGAGGCGACCCACAAUUGGCUAUAAUAUCGGGCUUGGAAAAAAAUAGUGCAGCAGAACCAUUAGUCGAGAAUAUAAAAUUUUAUUUAUAUACAAGGGACAAUCCAACGAGAGCUGAAAUGCAAACUAUGGACAAAAACUGUUUGCCGAUAUUUAAAUACUUCCGUUCUCAAAGAAAAACGAAAGUAUUAGUUCAUGGUUUUGGUGAUAGCGCCGAGGAUUCUCUUAUGUUUCCAUUACUUAGAGAUGCAUUUUUGAACUACAACGAUUAUAAUAUAUUCACUGUUGAUUGGUCGGAACUGGCUGCUGUUCCUUGGUAUAAUUCUGCUGCAAAAAAUACUAAACACGUAUCAAAACAUUUGGCUUCUUUCAUAGACCAUUUAACAUCAUCCACUGAUGCUCGUACAGAUGAUUUUCAUUUGAUUGGAUUUUCAUUAGGAGCUCAUGUUGUUGGUCUUACAAAUAACGAAUUGAAAUCUGGAAAAGUUAAACAUAUUACUGGGCUGGAUCCCGCGGAGGUGCUGUUUUCUUCGUCAAGCCCCGAAGAACGGCUUGAUUAUAGUCAAGCAAAACUAGUCGAAGUCGUACACACGUCAGGAGGAUUUCUCGGAUUCAAAAAACGACUUGGGCAUAGGGAUUUUUAUCCCAAUGGUGGUGCCUGGCCUCAACCUGGUUGUAAAAUUGAUUAUGCUGCGGUAUGUAGUCAUCGCAGAGCGUACUAUUAUUAUGCAGAAGCAAUAACUAAAAGUGAAGGAUUUAUUGCUGUUCCGUGUCCUUCUUAUGAGGAUUAUACAUCAGGAGCUUGUUCAAAUAAUACAGAUCUAUCAGUACAAUUAGGGAAAGCACCUUUUGAUAAAUCAAAAGAAGGAAACUAUUAUUUAAUUACAAACUCGGAUUCUCCUUACGGUAAAGUAAGUAGACACUAGACAUACGGGUAAUCGUUGAUUAAAUUGCAUGUUGCUCGUUGCCAUAUUAUAACCAUAAAGUAUAAGACAUUGAGGCAACACGAAUUUAAAUAUUUUAUUUAAACAAAUAAUUUAUGUAAUUUAAAUAAAUAAUGUACCUACCUACUGUAAUAAUAAAUAUAAGAAAAUAAAUCAAAAAUCAUAUUUUGUAUAAGACUCCGGACUUCCAAAGUAAGUUAUUAGUUGCAUCCCGGGCUGUAAAAUUGUUGAUAGAUUAGGUACCUAUAGGCUAUAACCAUUAAUAAUGGCCCAUUAUCACCAACAUUCCAUAGCUAAGUAAGUAUCAAUUAUCUAAUACUUUUUCUAGUGGAGGAUUUAUUUAUUUAUUUAAAUUAAUAAACACUAACAGCAAUUUUAGAGACAAAUAAUAUUAAAUAUAAGAAUACUGAGGUAAGUAACUAUAAACAUAUGUAUAUAAAAAAAGCAUUCUACUUAAUGGAUGGUAUUCUGUCUGUAAGAGGUAGUACAAAAAAGUACAAAAAAAAAAUGAUUUCUAGAGAAAAGGGAAAAGACAUGAAUUUUAAUGUUGGAAGAUUAGGUUUAUUAGUUUUGUAAGGAAUUCUAUAAAAUGUAAUCCAUACUUAAUGAAAAUUUUUAAAUAUGGUUCAUUUUUUGCAGUCAGAUGUAAAAUAAAUAGUCAUGUUAUUUGAUCAUAUUUUAAUUAUAUAGUUGGUAAAAAAACAUAA